AUGAUUCAAACCAUAAUUUCAACCGUUGAGGCGAAAGUCAUGCCAAAGCUACCAACCUUAGUAAAGGUUACUGAACAUGUGGAUUCGCCUGCCUCUAUCAACAAGCACGAGGACGUGGUUUAUACGAUCAAUGACCUCCUUCUCGAGCGAGCGAGGACGAUACCCGAAGAGCCUCUCGUGGGGUACCCCGCAUCAACGCGGGGUACGGACGACUAUGUGUAUUACAACGCCAAAGAUCUAAACCGAUUUGCGAACGCGGCUGCGAAAAGCUUGAAUGAUCAGGGGCUGCCGAUAAAUAGUUCCGAGACUGGCAACAAGAUUGUAGCCCUGCUCGGUCCGUCAAAUCUGGACUAUGUCACCUCAAUAUUUGCCUUAACUCGUAUGGGAUACGGCGUGCUUCUCCUCUCGACACGACUAGCUACGGAUGCAUAUGUUUCGCUUCUAGAGAAAACAGGUUGUGUCAAUAUACUGGGCUCUCCCAGUACUGCCAAAUCAAUAGCUGCGAUACAGGAAGUGCGGGAAUGUCAUUCCUUCUCGAUUCCAGAAAGGUCUAGCUAUGACAUCUCGGGUUCCGUCAACCCAUUUUCAGCACCGGCCACGACAUCUACGGCAUCAGAUAAGAUCGCAUUUGUUAUUCAUUCAUCGGGAUCCACAGGACUGCCCAAACCCAUCUUCCAAACCCACAAAGCAUGUCUGUCGAAUUACGCCAACGGCAGUAGCUAUCGAGCAUUCUUGACUCUACCUCUCUACCACAAUCACGGCAUCUCGACAUUCUUUCGGGCCAUUUGCAAGGGCAAGCCCAUUUCCCUGUACAAUGCAAGCCUGCCCCUUUCGGAGACGAAUUUAAUCAAGGCAAUGGAGGCUGUGCAACCAGAAAGCUUUCACGGCGUCCCAUAUGCCUUGAAACUACUGAGCGAAUCAGAACGGGGGAUUGAAACAUUACGAAAAUGUAAAUUGGUUCUCUUCGGAGGCAGUAGCUGCCCUGAUGAUCUUGGAGACAAGUUGGUAAAUGCUGGAGUAUAUAUUGUUUCCCACUAUGGGGCUACCGAAAUGGGCCAGUUGAUGACUUCCUAUCGUGAUCAAGAUGACAAAGCCUGGAAUUUCUUACGGCCAUUACCGUCAAUAGCUCGAUUCCUGCAAAUGGAUCCCCAGGGAGAUGACUCUUAUGAGUGCAUAUGUCUGGACGGGCUUCCCGCAAAAGUCACCUCCAACUCUUCAGAUCCACCAAACUCUUUCCGAACCAGCGAUACCUUCUUACCACACCCAACAAUUCCAAAUGCAUGGAAAUACCUUGGUCGAAUCGACGACCGGGUCACGCUAGUCAACGGCGAGAAAGUGCUUCCAGUUCCAUUUGAGCAUCAAGUUCGACAGAAUGAGUAUGUGAGAGAAGCACUGAUUUUUGGGAUUGGAAGAGCAUUUCCCGGUAUCCUCAUCGUGCCUAGUGAGAAAGCCAUCGGUAUGAGCAAAGCGGAGAUCUUCGAAAAAGCAUGGCCCAGUAUUGUACUUGCCAAUACCAAAGCCGAGGCUUUCAGCCAGAUACAGGAAGAAAUGGUUGAGAUUUUGGAACCUUGUGCCGACUAUCCUGCUACAGAUAAAGGCACCAUGAUCAGACUCGCUUCGUAUCGCAAGUUUGCGGACGUGAUAGAUGCAGUGUAUGAUCGAUUUGAAAAUGGUGUUGUUGCUGAGAUUGGAAAUAAACUGAGUCUGAAUUUUGAUGAACUCAAAGCAUACCUCCUACGACUCUUCUCUACUGAAUUGCACCUCGCAGAUCUGGCAGAGAGUACAGAUUUCUUCGAUGCCGGAGUGGACAGUCUACAGGCUAUCAAAGCUCGAUCAUUCCUAAAACGGGAGCUGGACUUGGGAAAUUCUGAUUUAGAUCAAAAUGUCGUAUUCGAGCAUCCUAGCGUUGAGAAGCUGGCAGCACAUCUCUUUGCUCUCCGGACCGGCGAGGAGUUGGAGCUGGAAGAUGAGAUUCACGCAAUGUCACAACUCAUUGAGAAAUAUUCAUCGUUUGAAGGCCACCUACAACCACAGCAAGAAGUCAUCAUCCUCACGGGAACUACCGGUUCACUCGGCGCUCAUAUUCUUGCACAGUUGUUGCAAAAUGACAACGUCAGGAAGAUAUAUUGCUUGGUACGGGCUAGUACACCCGAAGCUGCUCUCGAUCGCAUUCUCUCCACUUUGGCAGCCAAGCAACUGCCUUUCAAGAACAUAAGCAAGGUCGUCGCACUACCCGCAUCUCUCGACCGCGCGGAUCUCGGCUUAGAUGCUACCAUCUUGAACGAAGUAAAACAAGACCUUACUAAAGUGAUCCAUAGCGCCUGGGCCGUCAAUUUCAACCUCCAAAUCCGUAGCUUUGAAAAGCAGCAUAUCCAAGGUGUUUCGAAUCUCCUGAACCUGUGUCUCUCCAUCAGAGGUUCCACGCCCGCACAGUUCUUCUUCUGUUCCUCCAUCUCGGCAGCUGCCGGAACGCCGCUCCCAGCCACAAUAUCCGAAGCACCUAUUCCGCAGCUGGAAAAUGCUCAGAAUAUGGGAUACGCAAGGUCAAAGCUGGUUGCUGAGCGCAUUAUUGAAUCGGCUGCGAAAAAUACCGGCAUGGUUGCUAAAGUGCUGAGGGUUGGGCAGAUUGUUGGUGAUAGUGCUGUGGGCAUAUGGAACACUACUGAAGCUAUCCCGCUCAUGAUCCAAAGCGCAGUGACAAUGGGUGCUUUGCCUGCGCUUGACGAGACUCCCUCAUGGCUCCCCGUCGACAUCGUCGCACGCACCGUUCUAGACAUCACGAAAAUCAACUCCACUAAAUGCGGAUCAUCAUCAUCAUCCUCAACAUCUGAGCUCCACAACCCAUCCAUAAUCUACAAUCUCCAGAACCCGUCAACCUUCCACUGGACCACCGAUUUCCUCCCCGCUCUCCGAGACGCAGGCCUCGAGUUCGACAUCGUGCCUCAACGCGAAUGGGUGCAGCGGCUACGAGACAGCGACCCGGACCCGGCGACCAACCCGACGAGAAAGCUGCUGGAUUUCUUUGCGGAGAAAUACGAUAAUGAGAAGAUGGGUCGCAAGGGCCUUGUGUUCGCUACUGAGAAGACGGAGAAGGCGAGUGAGACUCUUAGGGGUGGUUUUGAUGUCAUUGGCUCUGGACUGGUGCGGAAAAUGGUGCAGCAGUGGUUGAAGGUAUGGUGA